AUUCAAGUAUUACCUCCAUCCAGCUAUUGCAAUAUUGAUUCCUGUCUCUCUCUCUCUCUCUUUUUUUUUUUUUCAUAAUUUUUAAAAUUUCAACAAAAAUAAAAGCGUGUCCAUUAAACCUUUUCAAAUCUAUUAUUCCCAUUUAAAAAGGGUAUGGAAACCAAUACAAACUCCUCUCUCUCAGAGACUCUCUCUCUCUCAAAGGUCUCAAUUCAACAUAUAAUAAAUAAAUAAAUAAAUGAAUUCUCAUUUAGGAUUAGCUAUGUCCAAACCAUUACUUCUACUCCUUAUUCCUUUUCUCUUCCUCUCACCUUCACUACUCGAAUCGGCAACCACCGCCGCCGUCGAAAAUGUGGCCGGACAACUGUUCAGAGAAGCACCCCAGUUCUACAACUCACCGGACUGCCCCGCCGUCGAGGGAAAUGCAGAAGCGGACGGUGAAGUGGACCCAGACGAAAACGACAACCCCAUCUGUUCUGACCACGCCGUCCACGUGGCAAUGACCCUCGACACUGCCUACAUCCGUGGUUCCAUGGCCGCAAUCCUCUCCGUACUCCAACACUCCUCUUGCCCACAGAACGUACUCUUCCAUUUCGUCGCUUCCGCUUCAGCCAACGCGUCCCACCUACGCGCCACGAUCUCUGACUCCUUCCCUUACCUGAAAUUCCAAAUCUACCCUUUCGAUGACUCCGCCGUCUCCGGUCUGAUCUCCACCUCGAUUCGCUCCGCCCUGGACUGCCCACUCAACUACGCCCGCAGCUACUUGGCCGACCUACUCCCAAUCUGCGUACGGCGCGUCGUUUAUCUCGACUCCGACCUAAUCCUCGUCGACGACAUUGCCAAGCUGGCGGCCACCGAGCUCGGAGAGAACUCUGUGCUCGCCGCGCCGGAAUACUGCAACGCUAAUUUCACCUCUUAUUUUACCCCAACAUUUUGGUCAAACCCGUCUCUGUCUUUGACCUUCGCUAACAGGAAACCCUGUUAUUUCAAUACCGGAGUGAUGGUGAUCGAUCUGGACCGUUGGAGAGGUGGAGAUCACACGAACAAGAUCGAGGAAUGGAUGGAGCUCCAGAAGAGGAUGAGGAUCUACGAGUUGGGUUCUCUACCGCCUUUUCUACUGGUUUUCGCCGGUAGCAUUGCUUCGGUCGACCACCGUUGGAACCAGCACGGUCUCGGAGGUGAUAAUUUCCGGGGACUUUGCCGGGAUCUUCAUCCCGGUCCGGUCAGCCUCUUGCAUUGGAGUGGGAAAGGUAAGCCGUGGGCCCGCCUCGAUGCGAACCGGCCCUGCCCAUUGGAUGCUCUUUGGGCUCCCUACGACCUCUUACAGACUCCAUUUGUUUUGGAUUCUUAAUUCAUUUCAUUCAGUAAAAAUCCAAAUUUGAAAAAAAUAAAUAAUUAAGUAAUUACAAAAAAAAAAAGACUGUUAAUAUUUUUUAUUUUUUUGGUGGGGAAUGAAUUUGUGUGCAUGGUUCGUUGGUAAUUAGAUUUUUAUUUUUACUUUAAUUUGUAGAUUAUAGGGGAAGUGAGGGGAAAUUACACAUAACUACAUCUACUCUACAUAUUGUGUAAAAAAAAAUAUAUUGGGCAUAAAAAUAUCAUAUAUAUAUUUCAAUAAAACAAGGUGCUGUAAUUUGUAUAGCAGAAAAGAAAGCUAUUUUGAGUGGUACAAUUUUGUGAUUUUUUUUCAAUGAAUAAUGACAUUAAUAAUAAUAUUUCCAUA